GGCGCUCUCCAGUUUGUGUGGAACCUCCGAGCGGUGUGGAAGUGAACGAACGGUUCGUUGCUGUGAGAUCAAAAGCUGGCGCCUACCUGUGAACCUGUGCUACACGUGAUACUGCCGCGCUGCCGUCGCCGUCGUCGCGUCAAUUACAGUGUGUAUGUGUGGGAUUGUGAGUUCUGAAAGGAGUUCGCUCUGCGCGGGGAUCCAGGAGUCUGUGGAGCCUGCGGUGAAGGGAGAAAGAGUGUUGUGCUGUGGCCUAGUUCUGUUCUUGAUAUUACUGUGGGUAAGAAGAAGUUGAAAAAAGCAGCACACCAGGAAGGACCGGGGCGGAACCAGUUUUCGGUUUCGGUUGGGAGACACUCGAUCGGGGGACUCCACCACCCUCGCUACCUGAUCGCACGAUACGAUCGUGUUUUGUGCAGCCUUUACUGCUAAUACCGAGAAGCGUGUACACACAGAAAGGAAAGCAAAAAUUGGCUUCGUCCCACUGAAAGUGAUAAUUGAAUCGGUAAAUAAAGUAGAAGUUGUGCAACUUGAUCUGGAAAAAAAGUGUGAUCACCAACAGAGAAAUAGAAGAAAAGCAAGAAGCUGAAAAAUAUUUUUGGCAAGCCAUAAAAACAAGUGCUCCCAGUGAAUUGUGUGUGCGCGAUUGUGUGUGAUUGUGUACCCGUGAUCUCGACCACCCCUUCACUUCAGAACGAACGGACGAAUUCGUUGGAUACCAAUGCGACAAGACGGAUCGCGAUCGCUGUGAAACACGGGGGGAUUUGGUUUUGUGCGCGUCCUCAAUCGCGUCUGUUUCAUCUUUGCAACACAAGCGGCGAUACGGAAUGAUGAAUGACGGCCAGCGUCUGAUGAUGAGACGGCGCAGGAGGCAUCGUGACCUGCCGGAUGACGGCGGAGGUGGACUCAAAUCAGCCACCAUCGACGGUGGACUUUGCAGCGUUUUCGCGACGGCGAUCUGCCUGAUCUACGCCAUCGGCAGCCUAGCCGGUGUGGGUGCUCAAGUUUGUGGACCGCCUGCGAUUCCGGCAAACGCCCGGGUGCAAACACAGCUGGCCGAUGGGGGUGGACCGGCCUUCCGAUCCGCCAAGUACGAGUGCGACUCCGGUUACGAGCUGUUCGGCCAGGAGACGAUCAAGUGUGACCCGGUCAAGGGUUGGGACCGGGAGAUGCCAUUCUGUGGCACCAACGUGGCGUACCGCAAACCGGUGAAUCAAUCGUCCGCCACCCGUUCCGGUCCGGCGGGGUUCGCCAACGAUGGCAAGCCGGGCAACCAGAACCCGGACGGGCAGCAGUGCUCUGAAACCCAGAAAGAAGCCUCGCCCUGGUGGCGGGUAGAUCUGUUGACACCGGAGGCGGUACGGGUUGUGAGGAUCACUACGCGUGGUUGUUGCGGCCAUCAGCCGCUUCAGGAUUUGGAGAUCCGGGUGGGUAACAGCAGCUCGGAUCUGCAGCGGAAUCCACUGUGUGCCUGGUAUCCGGGUACGAUGGACGAGGGAACUACGAAGAGUUUCACCUGUGCGAGACCCCUGAUCGGACAGUUCGUAACGAUCCAGCUGGUGGGUGUCGAGAGCAGCCUGAGCUUGUGUGAGGUCGAGGUGUUCUCGAACGAUGAGUUUUCGCCGGAUCGGUGCGCAGCACCGAACCUCAACGCGGACACGGUUCUAACCACGUUCGCUAAGACAUGCUACGAGUUUCACAUCACCCGAGGGGAGAGUUUCGAUAAGGCACGGCAGGUUUGCCAGUCGCACGGUGGCGAUUUGAUCCACGACUUCCGCGGAGCGACUACCGAUUACAUCAUAUCCGAGCUGGAGCGACGGAAGACCGAUCUGCGGACGCAGCUGGUUUGGAUCGGUGCGCAGAAAGAUCCAGGCAUUACGGCCCGCACCUGGAAGUGGGUGAAUGGAGAUACGGUGCUGAAGCCAACCUGGGGCAAAGAUCAACCGAACAACUACAACGGGGAGCAAAACUGUGUCGUGCUGGAUGGCGGCCGAAGUUGGCUGUGGAACGACGUCGGCUGCAAUCUCGACUAUCUGAACUUCAUCUGCCAGCACAGUCCGCUGAGCUGUGGCUCACCGGAAGCGCUCGUCAACACCACGAUCGUCGGGCGGAACUUCACGAUCGGCGCGCGGAUAAAUUACACCUGUCCGGUUGGUCACUCGCUGAUCGGGGAUGGCCAGCGGUUCUGUCAGGCUUCCGGGAUCUGGAGCGGACGGCCCCCGACCUGUAAAUACGUGGAUUGCGGCCCACUGCAGAGCAUCGAACAUGGAGCUAUUGUCCUGUCGGAAAAGCGCACCAGCUUCGGAGUGCAGGCGACCUACACAUGUCACGAGAAUUACACCCUCAUCGGGAAUGAAAAUCGAACCUGCACGCUGGAGGGAUGGUCCGGAUCGGAGCCCAAGUGUUUGGUUGAUUGGUGUCCGGAGCCUCCGGCGAUUACGGGAGGUAGCAUCAAGGUGUCGGGACGCCGUGCCGGCUCCACUGCGGUAUACUCCUGCGAUUAUGGCUUUGUCCUGAUCGGGGAGUCGGUUCUCUCGUGUGGUUUGGGAGGAAACUGGACGGGUAAAAUACCGGUCUGUCGAUUCGUGGACUGUGGAAUGCCUGCCCGGCCGGAUCGUGGCAACAUGCUGCUGGUUAAUGACUCCACCACGGUGGGAUCGGUUGUGCGAUACUUCUGCGACGACGAUUACUGGCUGGUUGGACCACAGGAACUGUUCUGUACGAAGGACGGCAAGUGGUCCGGUAAUGCCCCGGCUUGCGAGCUGAUAACCUGUGAAACUCCUCACGUCCCACCCGGAUCGUACGUAGUCGGGUACGACUACAACAUUCAUUCCUCGAUCCAGUACCACUGCGAUCCGGGUCAUAUACUGCGGGGCGAGGAUACCCUCACCUGUCUCGAGUCGGGUCAGUGGAGCGGUGAUGCUCCGGACUGUGAGUACGUGGAUUGUGGUCCUCUGACGCCCAUACCUUUCGGCUCGCAUCGAUAUCUUGAGAAUACGACCUACUUUGGGUCGACUGUACAGUACGCUUGUUCGAACUCGCACCGACUGAGCGGAAACUCGAAGCGAACUUGCACAGAGAGUGGUCUCUGGAGUGAUGCGGCACCUCGCUGCGAGGAGAUUCGCUGCCCGGAGCCAACGUUUGCCCCGCACAGUAUCCUCAGUGUGACGGGCAACGAUCGGAUGUACGGACGGACGCUCAUCCGAACGUCCGAUGUGGCGUCGAACAGCGUGCAGACGUACAAGAUCGGAGCGCUGGCCAAAUAUCGCUGCGAACGGGGGUACAAAAUUGUGGGCGAACCGCUGAUAACGUGCGAGGAAAACGGACUGUGGAGUGGCGAGAUUCCGGAGUGUGUUUACGUCGAGUGCGGAGUUCCUGCGUCGAUGGUCAACGGGAAGGUCACUCUUGCCACCAACGCUACGUAUUAUGGGGCGGCGGCACUUUACGAAUGCGACGAUAACUUCAAACUUGACGGUGUAUCCCGGCGGUUGUGCAUGGAGGAUGGCAGCUGGAGCCACGAGACGCCACUCUGUGUGGAGAUCACCUGUGACGAGCCGAACCUGGUCGACUAUCUGGUGGUGGAUGUGGGUGACAAGAAGGUCGGCACGGCGGCCAAGUUUAGCUGUGCCAGGGGUAGAUACAUGAUUGGGAAUGACACCCGCACUUGUCAGCUGUCCGGGAUAUGGUCCGGAAAGAAUCCAGUCUGCAAAUUGAUCGACUGUGGCCGGCCGGCGGACAUCGAGAACGGAAGAGUGAUUGUGGUGAACGAGACCACCGUCUACGGUGGCUCGGCAGAGUAUCACUGCGUCCCGCACUAUAACCGCAUCGGACCGUAUCUCCGGAAGUGUAUGGACGAUGGGAAAUGGAGUGGCGAGGAGCCACGCUGUGAGCUGGUCGUCAACGACGCCCAGGAAACGAAUAGCUUGGGCACCGGCAUAGCCAUCGGUGCCGCGAUAAUCGUUAUCCUGCUGAUUCUGAUCGGUGUGCUGUUCCUGCACCGGAACAAGGCCCGACCGGUCAAGAACACCGAGAAUGUGCAGGCGGCGGAGCACAAAGACGAGCAGAACGCGGCGGUGAUGUCGUACUCCUCGCUAGAGAACGGUCGGCACAACUUCGAUCUGCCGAAUCGGGGCAAUCUGGUGACGUUCAACACGUUCCAGGGUGGUGGUGGCGGCGGCGGAGCUGGCGCGAAUGGACAUCCGCCUCCACCUAGCAGACUUAGUAACGGUAAUGGUAGUGUAAGUAACAACAAUAGCAUAAGCAGUAGACACAUGAACGGGGGCGAGAACAUCUACGAUCAGAUACCAAAUGAGCAGUUUUACGAUGCGCCAUAUGAGAUGCGCAGCAACGAGGAAGUGUACGAACCGGAACCGACCGGCAGGACGAAUGUCAUCACCAUAAAUGGGGUCAGCGUGCGAUAAGGGGCGCACCGCUUGCUUCCCUGCUAAGUGAUUUGCACACUCACUAAUCGUAUACAUUUUGGUUAUUUAGUUUGUACACCAAAUCCUACUCCAUAACGAGAGAAAAGAUGGAAAUUUUAAGCAUCAAAAACACUAAUUUAUUAGGCCUUCUUCUCCUCUUUCCCCGACGAUAACCGCUUUGUGUAAAUAUUUCAUCUUUUAACUACGAAAUUUUAUUUGACGUCAGCUCAGCAGACAAAAGACAGAACAUAUGCAAAAUUACGAAAAACAAAAUACUCUUCGAAAGAGCUACUUAGUACUUUGUACAUAUUGAAUAUAAC